CACACAGACGCCAGCAGCCAGGGACUCCCCUUUUAGUCGCUUUCAAAAUGAAACACGAGGAGAACUGAGCAAACGCUUCCAUCAUUUUAGGAUAUUUACAACGGCCUGAGAACUGGAAGGUGGGGAAACGAGGACUCGAUAAUUUAUACCUGUAGAGCAGCGCAGGAAUGUGAUGCGUUACUGAAAAUGAGGCCAGACAUCAGUAUGGAGGAAGCGACGCACGAGCCCUGAAGAUCGGUCACGCGCCGGACGCGCACCGGGGAUUGCGCGUAGCCCUUCUUAACUUGAUCGAAAGGCUGAGCCGCUCUUUUUUCUUGUCAAACAAUUACAGGGACCUUGAAACUGCAGUGUUGCGUGAGCGUCAGAAAUAUGUAAACGCUCGUGGUGGAAUUUAAGAGUGCGCGAGAUAAUGUCAUCCGGGACCAUCGUUAUGGAUCAAGAUGACUUGGACCCGGAGGCUUCGGAUUCUUUUUUGCACGGGAUUCACGGAGCGCACCGGCCCAGGCCGUCCUCUUACCGGGCGCUGCGCAGCGCAGUGUCCAGCCUGGCACGAAUAGAUGACUUUAUCUGCGAGAAAAUCGGCUCAGGUUUCUUCUCAGAGGUGUUCAAGGUGCAGCAUCGGUCCACGGGGCAGGUGAUGGCUCUGAAGAUGAACACCAUGGCCAGUAACAAAGCCAACAUGCUGAAGGAGGUACAGCUGAUGAACCGCCUCAGACAUCCCAACAUACUCAGGUUUAUGGGAGUGUGUGUACAUGAGGGACAUCUUCAUGCUCUGACAGAGUACAUUAAUGGCGGUAACCUGGAGCAGCUGUUGAACAGUGACAUGUUCCUGUCAUGGUCUGUGAGAAUUAACCUCAGUCUUGAUAUUGCCAGAGGACUGCAAUACCUCCACAGCAAGGGCAUAUUUCACAGAGACCUUACGUCAAAGAACUGUCUGGUACGCUGGGAGAAUCGGAACUGCAGUGCCGUGGUGGGGGACUUUGGCCUGGCAGAGAAAAUUCCUGAUCACAG